GAUAGGGUCAUGCGUUGCACAGACACAGAGAAGCAUGGCAAGUCAGCAUUGUCAUAUUGUUACAUUACAAGCCCUCAGGUCUUGCCUGCUGCAGACUGAUGAUGGAGGUUCGUGGAAACAAUGGAUUCAUGGGAAACAUCCAAUCCAGAGCACAACAAGCAAAGGUCAGCAAGAAAGAUGGUCUCCUGAAACAGGUACUCGUUGCUACUGGGUGAGUGCUCCACACGAGACGUACUUUAAGUGGGCAUUCUGCACUGAUCCCACCAAACAGAUGGCACUCGCUGAUCUACCAAGCACUCCCUUGGCCCUUGAAUACCUCAAUGAUUUUGAUCUAAUGAAGUUUGAGGUGAAGAGGGAACCACCUGAACCUCGGGCCUCACGUCUUGCUCCUCCUCCUUCUCUGGGUUCAACCCCAUGCAGUUCUGUGCCACCCUCACCUACCUUCAGUGACCCAGCUGAAUCUGCUGGUCCACCCCGGCCUAGUCUGGAGGAACUGUACUGGAUGGCAGCUUUACAACAGCAGAUGGGGGGUGAGGGACUACCACUGACCCCAGAGGAUGCUGUUGAGGUCCUAAUGGGGGGUGGAGGAGCACCAACAAUGCAGGGCAUGGACGGGGGUUACAGGCCACAUCCCCACAGCUCCCACCCUGCUGGCUACCUGCUAAGCCCAGAAGACAUGAAUGUACAACAGCACCAGCUGUCGCCUUUGUCGGAGCGCUUUUCUGAUGAGCAGUUAGUUGGAAUGUCUGUCCGGGAAUUGAACAGGCAGCUUCGUGGGUUCAGUAAGGAGGAGGCCUUACGACUGAAACAGCGCAGGCGCACCCUGAAGAAUCGUGGAUAUGCCCAGUCAUGCCGUUACAAGAGAGUACAGCAACGCCAUGUCCUAGAAACAGAAAAAUGUCAGCUCUCUCGCCAGCUUCAACAGCUUCAGCAAGAAGUGGCCCGUAUCACCCGGGAAAGGGAUGGCUGGAGAGCUAGAUAUGAGAAACUGCUGAGCGCUACGGGAGGGGGGGCAGGCUCAGAUGUACUAGGGGCAGGAGGUGACACAGGGCCUGGAGCUGAGCUCUUCCUGUGAUCUUCAAAUCAGAAGAUUCCACCCCAAAUCUAAGGAGCUGCUAUUAUGUAGGGGACACCUCUCUUCUCAAUUACAGAGAUAUACUUCACUGCAGAGACACUGAACACUUGGUCCCAACAACCUGAAUCACAUUCAAUGCAAUCAGAAGCUAAAGGGGUCACUCAGGGUUGUCCCCUAAUGUUCUUCAGUUAGGAAUACAACAGCUUCCCACUCAAGAAACAAAACUGAACUCCUUCAGGCACAGUAGGGGUUGGGGACAAUAUAAAAAUGCUGUUUUGGUGGUCAGUAUCACUAAUUCACCAGCAACUCAAAAUCCCCAAGACAGGUCUGCACUUUUAUCUUUAAAGGCAACAAUUUCACCCAGAGCAAAUCUAAUCUUCUAUGUGUCAGAUUCUUCUUUGCCCCAUUCCUAUGGUAUAUAACUUACAUAUCAGUGAGUGCUCUGGGGGCUGGUUGAGCCUGUCCCUGAUAUUUGAGAAUUCCCAUUACCCCUAAUUACCCCUUCAUGAAACUGAGGAAUAUUCUGGUUGUAUUUUGAGGGAAAGAGUAAAUUAUUUAAUUUUUUAUGUGUGAUUGUGAACUUAAAUAAUAUGCAAUAUAUUGCAUGCUCCUGCCCCUGCUUUUGGUGGGGCUAGCAGGUUACUAGGCAGAGCUGACUGUGUGUUGUGAAAAACUUUACAGAUUGUUUUUUUCUUAAUAUUUUGUAUUCCAAGAAAAUGACAGAAAAAAUGAAAUAAACUACUUAUUUAAACAUAGACGAAUAAACCAUGCAGAGUUUUUACAGCAGAA